AUGGUUAAUGCUUGGAGGGCUCGCGCAUGGUCGAGCCACGACGCGAGUCCUUUGACGAUCUCUUCAAGGAGUUUGUCACGCACUCCGUUUUCUAGUUGGGCGCUCCGCUGCUUCCUAUGGCUCUGCCUGUGUUGUACAGUGUGCUCUGAGAGCAACCCUGCGGGCUCGGGCCGGGGGCUUCUCCAGCGGCAGAAGUUCCUUGCGGGACAGUUUCACCAUCUGGGAGCCCCAACUCUAGCGGGGCUGGACAAUGCCAUUUAUCGAUCCGGACGAUUGCGCUUCCGACCCCUUAGUUCGACCUGUGGCGAGCCCGGGUCUAGCGUCAUGGACGCGGCAGUUCAGCCCCCCUGCAUCGGGAACAUCUGCAAUGGUCCUGCCAGUCGAGUUGGAGAUCUUGCUGUUUGGGAGGAUGUCCGAGUUGUGAGAGUCGGAGUCUAUCGGCUGUGCUGGUGCAGACCCACCUUGACCUGUCAACAGCUGAAUACGUGCUGUGGGGAAGAUGCCGAUUUUGGUGAGGCAGCUGGAGAGGUGGAAGUGGUCGGCCCCGGCUGGAUAUUGGUCUCGCCUGUGCUGGGCCAGGGAUUCCGCUUCGAGCUCGUGUAUCCCGAAGCUUUGCCGGGUUCCCAGGUGCUGCUUCGGCUCAGACAAGAGGGGCCCUGCGGUCUGCCGCGUGACACGGCGGAACAGCGAGCCUCCCUUCUCCGUGGCGACGGAAACGUGGAAGAUGAGGAGCUCCCUCUCGCAACGCCUGUGGAUCAGGCUGCAAGCCUCAACUUCACAGGAGACUUCUCGGACCGAUACGUUGCGUACCUCUACAGACAUCUAACGUACACCGUCUGCUGGUGUGCCCAGUACUGUUUCGACGAAGAUGGUGUUAUCAAUGAAGAAUCCUUUGGGGCCGAGGUAGGCUUGUUUUAUCCAAGAGGCCCCGACACAGAGAACAUGGCUACGCAGUAUGCAGUGGCUGGAGUGUCAUUUGCAUUGUAUGUGCAGGGCGAUCGCUUGUCUGUGAAGGACCGGGUCCUGAUUCCUGAAAGCAGCACCUUGUGUGGCGAUCCCGACACGGCACAUGCGCUGGCGUUCCGCUCUUACAUCUGCGGGCGCGGCCAGAGCUCCUGCAUUGCAACACCGGCGAACGGACCGCCCACCUCCUUCGAGGACAUGGCAGACAUGGUGGGGGAAGCGGGGCUUAGCUUCCAGCGCGGGGGCUGGGAACCGGUGCAGAUCGACAGCCCUGGCACCUACCGCAUCUGCUGGUGCGUAGACGACACUUGGGACCCCGUAAAGCUCGAGAGCCAUGGUUACUGCGGCUCGGGCUUCCAGUAUGGAGUCGAAGCUGGGUUGGUCAUUGUCCAAGGAGCUGUGGGAGAUCAGGAAUUCCCGUGCAGCGCCUUCCAGCCCUGUCAGUUCGAGGUGCACUCUGAACUGCCAUUUGAUGCUGAAGACCAGAUUCUGAUCGUGGCUCCACCUCCCACAGCGACCAACUCACUGGCUACAAUCUGCGGUCGUGGGACUUCAGGGCUGCAGGUCCGCAUCACCGGGUCCUCUGCGGUGUAUCCCAGCACCACGACCGUGCCGAGCGACGAGGAGAACACGACCACGCCAGCACCUCUUCAGCCGCUGUACUUCGUUGGCAACUUUCAGCUGGACUCUGCCGGGCAAGCUGGCCUCUACAGGGUCUGCUACUGCAAGCACUCGGAGAUGGGGCCCUGUGAUGAUGCCGUCGCCUUUGCGCAGUAUGCCGGCACCCUGAACAUUACCGGGGAGAUCCGCCGCGAUGACUCCACGCAGUUGCAUCAAAGCUGUUUGUCCAACAGCCCCUGCAAAUUCAAUGUGACGGGAGUCUGGGCCAUGCAGCUGAGCUUCUACGACUCUUUCAAAGCCGUUCCUCUCGAUAGAGAAUGCGGAGAGGUGCAGGAUUCCUCCAGUCACCCAGAGUUCAGCUUGCUACGCAGGAUGGAGCUUCUUGACUCGUGGGCCAGCGAAUUUGCACAUAGGGCUGGUGUGGAGACGCUCUUUGGUGCCGGUGACUAUAGACUUUGCUAUUGCCAAGCUUCCAUGACGAGUGAUGGAAGGUGUGAUGCUUCCGUGGAGCACACUCACGAGAUCGGCAGCCUGUACAUGGUUGGGGCACUGUCAACUAUGGAAUGGUCGUGUCGACAGGGCGCAGACUGUGGGAUCUUGGUCCAUGGCUGGCGUGUCGCCAGGGGCGACGCCGUUCGGCUGGUGCCGCUUUCCUUCUCCUGCGGAGAUCCGGAUCCGUUGGAUACAUAUCUGGGAGCAGGCUUUGAUCACAAUCCAGCAGUUGCGAAUCGGACAGACAACCUCACACGGGGGGUACUCCUCCACUUCGAUCUCGGCAAAGCGCGGGGCUCCGGAACGUGGGGAGUGUGUCUCUGUGUGGCAGCAGUGGCCAAGAGCGGAGAUGGGUGCAUGUACGCAGGGGACUAUGCCCAACCGGUCGGAGAGCUGAUUAUUGAAGGUCUACUACGAUCAGUUUCUGCAGCGUCGUCGCAGCCUGCCACGGUGGCAAUCGCGUCAAUACUGGUUGAGGUCAUCGAACCGGGAGGUCCUCGGAGUGUGGCAUGUGCAGCUUCAAACCAGACGCUCGACCAGGCUCCAUCAAGCUUCGCGAUUCUGAACUGCAAGAACAGCAUACCGGGCUGCCUGGGCCUCGCAAUUCUUCCCUGGCGCGCAGACGAGGGCUUCAAUGUGCUCCACCUGCCCUUUGCCGAGAAUGCGCUCUUGGAGCCAGGCGUAGCCGCACGAACUGCUCAUGUCUGGUGCACCGGGGACAUUGCGCUCUGCCCAACCGGUCGCUGCGUGCUUCCACCCACACCCGAAGGGCGCUUGAUUCCGUUGGAUCCUGGUCCCGAUCGUUGGACCAGCGUGCCUGCCACAAUCUACGAGCCUUUGGACCUCAAGGUCCAUGGCAAUCCGCUCAAUGCCAAUGGUGGCUACCUGAAGAUCGUGUGGCCACACGAUGGCUGUCCGGAGGUUGGCCAGCCCUGGUCAGAUGCUAUCGUCUCUCCGUUCGACAUGGGGCGGCCGGUCAUUGCGGCGGUGGGAAGGUAUGUGCAGUGGAGACGUGAAUCACUUCCGUUUGCAGGGACGUUCUGGCUUUGCUGGUGUGAUCGCUCGUAUGGAGCUGACUGCGCGCUCUGGCAGCACGUCGGUGAGUUGGUUGUUGCCGGCCCGACAAACGUGACGAGGAUCCCGGAAUUCGUGGAGCUGCUGGAGGCCUUCAACGUCACUCUCUCCGGGGUAAACCUUUCCGACCAGGAGAGGCUCUCGGUGCAGCCGGGCCAAAGCUGCAGCGAGGACGUAGAGCUCUUCAGCCCGGAAAGAGUCUAUGCCAACACCUCCAAGGCAGACUUUGAAGUACAAGCGCCCCGAUACCCUGGGCCAUUCUCCAUAUGCUGGACACGAGGCAACGUCUCUACUGGGUCGAUGAAGCUGGCCAGCGGCUUCGCCAGAGAGUCUCGGGACUGUUUGCUUGGAGGUUGGGAGCCCGCGCCUGCCGACGAGCUCUUUCGAUUUCCAACAGGCGACUUCGGGCAGUUCGCAUGCAGCCGGGCCUGUGGGGGCGGCCUCUUCGAGCUUCGCCGUCGCGUCCUGGCGGAGGCUAUUGGUGGUGGGUCCGAGUGUCCACCGUCUGACAGCCCGCUUCGCAGCCGCUUCGCAUCGUGCAACGAGGAGCCCUGCCCCACAGGCGAAGUCUUCAGCGCACGCACCCACCCGGAGUGGGUGAAGCCCGGUGAUGUGUUCCAGAUCCUCGUGGAGGGCGCUUACCUCGACCCACUGGAGGACAGGGUGGUCCUGCUCACUGGAGGGGAAGAUGCCGAGUGUGGCCAGGUCUCCAACGAGGGCCCUGCAGAGGGAGGUGCUGCAAAUGCCUCAGAGAAUGGCACUGACACAGUGGCGAUUGAGCAGAUUCGAGUGUUGCGUGGUGGAGGUGCAUCGUGCAGGCAGCCGAGCAGCAACAGCACUCACUUAGAAUGUGGCGACGGCCUUGCCAGCCUGACGAUUCCGAUAGCUGGCACCUUUCGCAUCUGCAUCUGCGACGCGUCCGAAGUGGAUCCCGGCUUCAGCAAUGUCUCAGGUUCGCUGGUCGCAACCCGGGAGCGCUGCAGCCAACUGGAAGACUUCUGGCUGACACCAGGCAACGGCUCCCUCCUGAAGAUCACCGAGUCUCAGUCGGUGGCAGAGGAGCCGAAAAGCGGGCUGGAUGCUGCGUUGGCAGAUCUUAUGGAUGACCAUAGGAGCGGCAGGGCUGAUCUGGUCUUCAUCUUGGGUCUUAUUGCAGCGUCGAUUCUGUACUGUCUCGCGAUCUUCUGCGCCUGCUGGUUCUGGCGCUACAGGUGGCGCAAGCGGGCUGCAUGGAGAAGGCUUGCCCCCAAUCUCUUCGCCAACUCGUUGGUGGCCAAAGCGACCAGAGCAGCAUGGGAGGCCUACACACGCACUAUCACGGAACAGGCUCAAAUUUCGUCGGGCUUGGAGGAAGAACCCGACCUGAAAGAUGGCCAGGGUUUGGGGACCACACCGCGCCAGAUCGAUGAUGUCAUGCAGGGCACACUGACGCCGCCGGGAACGGGCUACUCAUUGAAGAGUGCAUCUUCCAUUUACAGCGGCUCGACCAGCAGCACGCGCUCCACCACACCAGGAAAUCAUCCCUCGUUGCUCAAGGUGUCGCUGAACAGGGAUCCGAGCUGCCCAUUCUCACCGAAGCAGGCAGGUGGCUCCUUCUUGGAUCUUCCACUCGCAGGACGAGGCAGCCGACCCGGCACGAGUCCGACCCGUCCAAACUCUGGGGCUACGACGCUUCGAGUUGUUGAAGAGACCAGCCCAGGCCCCACAGCGGUGGAGCAGGAGCAGGCGUCACCUCGCAGCCCUUCGGGAGAGAGGACGCCCCCGGAUGCUGAGGAGACCUCCCCUCCGAGUGCCCCUUCAAGGACCCUGGAGCUGCAGUUGCCGGGCUUGGAGAAGAAGCUGGCGAAGCUGAAGCGCCUCAAGGAGGAGUAUUCGGAAAGUUCGUCUUCUUCGGAUGCUAGCCCUGUGCGCGAG